GGCUGGAGUUGGAGCUGGAGGAGAUUCCUGGCCUCUGCCAUCUGCCGCACUUUGGGCGGUCACGCUGGCCUUUGAGUGCGAGCGCCGAGCUGUCACACUUGAUUGAUGAACACUCGCCCCUGGCCGCGACCUCAAGUGUGGGAAAGUGGCUGAGCGCAGGCACUCACGCAUUCACAUGCUAAUUCACGGAUAUAAAUACGGCUUCGGCUGCGAGCAAGAAGACAUCACAGCCAGCGAGCCAUCAAAUCGCUCCUCCAGAUCCUCCGGUGGAAACAUGACUGCCACAACAUUCAGCACCAACGUGGAAAAAACUCGCAAAUGCCAAGAGGAGCGCAAGUUAAGAAAACCUCUUAUCGAAAGAAAGAAAACGCCGAGAACGGAUCAACAACUGCCUCGAUCAAACUUAAAGAUACUGUGGUCAACGCCUUUCGCCUUGAUCAAUCGAAACUGGAAAAAGCAGAUAUUCUCGAAAAUGACAGUAAAAACAUCUACAGAAUGUCAGAACAGCAGCAGGAUAAUGGCCGAUACUAAAAUUGGACUGGAGGCACAGCAGAGGUACAGUGCCGGCUACAUCCAGUGUAUGCAUGAAGUUCACAAUCUGCUAUUGACCUGCGACUGGAUGGAUCGGACAGUAGGGGCGCGCUUGUUGAAUCAUUUGCUGAAGUCGCUGCCUCGAUCCAGCGAGGAUUCGCGCCAGAGCAGCCUGAAGACACCUGCCGUUAAUCCCCAGCCCUCCAAGAGCCAGCUCCCUUCGGCGACCCUGGGAAACAUUCCUGCAGGCCCCGCCGUUUCUCCGGGAACCGUGGACCCGUCUCCUCGCUCGUCUCCCGACCGACACUGCAGCCCUGGGUUUAUUAAAACGUGCGGGAAAAGCGUCGAGUCGACUCCAAAUCCUCGUGCAAGUCUUCACCUCCCCGCCACCUGCCCUACUCAACAGCUCCAAGACGACUUGGCAUCCGUGCACAAUUCUCCUGUUGCAUCUUCAGGCGUGUGGAGGCCCUGGUGAAGAGAAUGUGUGGCUUUUUUACUAAAGAUUAGACUGUCCUUAUGUAUCUCAUAGAUAUGCUUCUCGAAACACUGCUGGGCGAAAAACAAAUGUCCCUUGUGUGUGCUAAAAUCAGGGUACUUCACGCUGAAGGAUGCUUCUCCGUAGCCUAUAUUGUAGAAGGCGUUACAAUGUUGUAUUCAAUGAAAUACAUCUAAUUUAUUUAAUAUCAUGCUUGCGGGAUUAUUACUUGCUCCUAUGUAUAUAUUUCAAUUAACGACGUAUUAAAAUAAAUAUUGAAUAUCACUUCCGUGUCUCAAUCUGCUAAUCUGUUGCACAUCGUUGAAUGUGGCGGCAGAUUAAUGUGGCCUUUUAGGCGUCUUAAAGUGUUGCUAUCACACCAACAACAACAUUAUUAGAACGUGCUUUACCAAAAUAAAACAAUGUUUAAUGA